CUGGACAAGCUGUCGGAGGUUGCCAAGGUGAACACGGAUGCCAUGCGCUUGGCCCAGGAGGAGAUCUGCGAGUACCGCCGCCAGCUCCAGACCAAGACCACCGAGCUCGAAGCCCUCAAAGGGACCCAGGAGUCACUGGAGAGGCAGAGACAGGACUCGGAGGAGCGCCAUCAUGCAGAUGUCCUGUCCUACCAGGAAACCAUCCAGCAGCUUGACAGUGAGCUGAGGAACACCAAGUGGGAGAUGGCAGCUCAGCUCCGGGAGUACCAAGAUCUGCUCAACGUCAAAAUGGCCCUGGACAUUGAAAUCGCUGCCUAUAGAAAGCUCUUGGAAGGGGAGGAAUAUCGGAUCGAGACUGGUUAUGGGAUGAUCUCCUUCCCUGAGGUGGUCCCCAAGGCUCCCAGCAUCACCACCAACAUCAAGGUGAAGAGUGAGGAGAAGAUCAAGGUGGUGGAAAAAUCUGAGAAGGAGACAGUGAUAGUGGAAGAGCAGACAGAAGAAAUCCAGGUGACCGAGGAGGUCACAGAGGAGGAUGAGGCUGAGAAAGAGGCUGAAGAAGAGAAAGCUGAAGAGGAGGAGGAAGGGAAAGCUGAAGCAGAAGUUGAAGAAGAGGAGGCCAAGUCUCCUGCAAAAGACGAGGCCAAGACUCCAGAGAAACCAGAAUCCCCUUCAAAGGAGGAGGCCAAGAGCCCAGCUGUCAAGUCCCCAGAAAAGCCACCAACCCCCUCAAAGGAAGAAGCCAAACCCCCAACAGUCAAAUCUCCUGAAAAGCCACCAACUCCCUCAAAGGAGGAGGCCAAGAGCCCAGCUGUCAAGUCCCCAGAGAAACCCCCAACGCCCUCAAAGGAGGAAGCCAAAACCCCGGCUGUCAAAUCCCCAGAAAAGCCCCCAACCCCCUCAAAGGAGGAGGCCAAGAGCCCAGCUGUCAAGUCCCCAGAGAAACCCCCGACUCCCUCCAAAGAGGAGGCCAAGACCCCAGUGGUGACGUCUCCAGAGAACCCCUCAACCCCCUCUAAAGAGGCCAAGACCCCAGCUGUCAAGUCCCCAGAGAAACCCCCGACUCCCUCCAAAGAGGAGGCCAAGACCCCAGCGGUGAAGUCCCCAGAGAAACCUGCAAGCCCCUCCAAGGAGGAGGCCAAGACCCCGGUUGUCAAAUCCCCUGAAAAGCCCCCAACCCCCUCAAAGGAGGAGGCCAAGAGCCCAGCUGUCAAGUCCCCAGAGAAACCCCCGACUCCCUCCAAAGAGGAGGCCAAGACCCCAGCGGUGAAGUCCCCAGAGAAACCUGCAAGCCCCUCCAAGGAGGAGGCCAAGACCCCGGUUGUCAAAUCCCCUGAAAAGCCCCCAACCCCCUCAAAGGAGGAGGCCAAGAGCCCAGCUGUCAAGUCCCCAGAGAAACCCCCGACUCCCUCCAAAGAGGAGGCCAAGACCCCAGCGGUGAAGUCCCCAGAGAAACCUGCAAGCCCCUCCAAGGAGGAGGCCAAGACCCCGGUUGUCAAAUCCCCUGAAAAGCCCCCAACCCCCUCAAAGGAGGAGGCCAAGUCCCCGCAGAAGGAAGCGGCCCCAGCCAAGGAGCCCACGCCCUCCCCUCCAAAGGAGCCGAAAGCCCCUGCGAAGGAAGAGCAGCCCAAGGAGGUGAAGGCUCCCCCCAAGCCCAAAGCUGAGGAGGGCAAGAAAGAGGAAACUCCCAAGAAGGAGGUCCCAGCCAAGGUGGAGGAGAAGCCCAAAGAGAAGGCGGCUGCUGGGCCCGAGGCUCCAGCCCCACAGGUGAAGGAGACCCCCAAGCCAGGCCCCAAACCUGCGGAAGAAGGAAAAGCUGAGAAGGAGGUUCCACCAAAACCUCAGCAGGAGGUCAGCAAAGCGGCUGCGAAGGAGGCGGAGAAGCCAAAGGCCGAGGAGCCCAAAGCUAAAGCAAAACCCAAAGAUGAGCCCAAAGCCAGUAAAGAGCCCCCCAAGGCCGAGACCCCCUCCAGCAAGGAGGGCAAAGCCCCGGAGCCGGCGCCCGCUGCAGGGAAGAAGUGA